AUGGCCACGUCGAGAGAGGGCGAGUCGGGGCGUCCUGGCCUGUGCCCGGCCUUGGUUCUUCUGCUGCUACUGGUGCUGUUGUCCCUGUUGGCGGUGGCACAGCUGGUUCUGCGAGGGCGUCCUCGGGGCGGCCUGCGGACCCCGCCGGGCCCCUUCCCCUGGCCACUGGUGGGCAACUUGCUGCAGCUGGGCGGUGCCCCACAUCUGGCCCUGGGUGCAUUGGCCGGGCGCUACGGCCCCGUGUUCAGCAUCCGCCUGGGUGCCCGCCCGGUGGUGGUGCUGAGCGGUGAGCGGGCCAUCCGCCAGGCCCUGGUCCGGCAGGGUCCGGCCUUCGCCAGCCGGCCAGCCUUCCCGUCCUUCGGAGAGGUGUCCGGAGGCCGCAGCAUGGCCUUCGGGCCCUACUCGGACAUCUGGCGGGCACGGCGGCGGCUGGCACACGGCACGGUGCGGGCCUUCUCCGUCCGGGCCUGGCUGGAGAUGCCCGUGCUGGGCGAGGCGCGGGAGCUGGUGCGGAGCCUGGCACGGGGUAGCGUGGGUGGCGCCUCCCUGGACCCGGCCCCACCGGCCGGCCUGGCCGUGGCCAACGUGAUGAGCGCCCUGUGCUUCGGUCGUCGGGCCGGUCCCGACGACACCGAGUUCCGCCAGCUGCUGGGCUGCAACGAGGAGUUUGGGCGCACCGUGGGCGCCGGCGGGCUAGUGGACGCGUUGCCCUGGCUGCGACGCUUCCCCAACCCUGCCCGCUCUGCCUUCCAAGACUUCCAGCGUUUCAACCGACGCUUCUACGGCUUCGUCCUCCGCCAGUGCCAACGUCGGCCCGCCCCGCCACCCGGGCACCCUCCCCGGCACAUGCUCGACGCCUUCGUCCAUGCUGCCCGUGGGGUACGGUCCCCGCUCCCUGAGAACCACGUGCCUGCCACCCUCACCGACAUCUUUGGCGCCAGCCAGGACACCCUCUCCACUGCACUCCACUGGCUCCUCCUCCUCUUUGUCAGGUUCCCCGAAGUGCAAGCCAAAGUGCAAGAAGAACUGGAUAGAGUCGUGGGAAGGGAGCGCCUGCCGUGUAUGGCCGAUCAGCCAGCGUUGCCCUACCUUAUGGCCUUCCUCUACGAGGCCAUGCGCUUCAGCAGCUUCGUGCCUGUCACCAUCCCUCACGCCACCACAUCCGACACCUCGAUCCUGGGGUACCACAUUCCCAAAGACACCGUGGUGUUCAUCAACCAGUGGUCGGUGAAUCACGACCCGGUGAAAUGGCCUAACCCGGAGGAAUUCCGUCCAGCCAGGUUUCUGGACGAGAAAGGGUUCGUGGACAAGGAUCUGGCCAGCGGCGUGAUGAUCUUCUCGCUGGGCAAACGGCGGUGCAUCGGAGAAGAGCUCUCCAAAUUACAGCUGUUUCUCUUCACCGCCAUCCUCGCCCACCAGUGCAAUUUCGUGGCCGAUCCGGACGAGCUCGCGAACCUGAAGUUCAGCUACGGGUUGACUAUCAAACCCAAGCCGUUUAAAAUCAAUGUUACCCUUAGGGAGUCAAUGGAGCUUCUGGAUAAAGCUGUCCAAAGACUGCAAGAGGAGGAAGACAGCCAGUGAAAGGCGAGCAGCCUUGUAGUAGGGAGGAAACAGAGUCUCCCUCUGCCAUCGAUGGGGUCCGGGGGCUGCGCAUGGGGGAGAAUGAGCCCAAGGGGACUAGUCAUGAGCCCGAGAAGUGAGGGGAAGCAGCUCUUGGAACUGGAUGAACAACUGACAGGAAGACCUGAGGGCUGUAAACAGUCGAGGAGACCUGGGAAAUACGGUGCUGACACCGCAAAGCUUAAGCUUUAGAAGGCAAAAUGUGAUUUAAGGAAGACCUCUGGGCUCUGUCAGAGGGCUCUCCCAAGACAUUCCUUUGAAAUCCGUAAAGGUCCCUCACACACAAA